CGAAGAAAGGUAGUUAUUUUCAAAAGUAAGAUGUAAGUGUCAUAAAGAGAUGAUUGAUAGUGACUCGUGUGGACAAAAAAUUGAUUCAAUUUCCCGCAAAGUUUACUUGAAAACCAAAGAGAAAAAAGAAUCAAAUCCUGCGUGGAUGGCGCAAACUCUUUUUCAAACAGCAUCCCCAUCAGUUGCAUGUCAGCAAUUGUAACGUUCGCUUUAUCCGCGAGUAAUUGUUUUAAUAAAUCUAGAAUUAAAAAAUACACUUUUCAGUGUAUUAAGAAUAAAAAGAAUAGAAAAAUAGAUAAUUAUGUGCCAUAUUAUUCAAAUGUUCCUCUUCUUUGGCGGUGUGCUAGCCUUAAAGGAUUUGAAACUAAUGGUACCUGGAACCGUCCGAUCGGGAGAUGCCGUUUGGUUAACGUGUGAUUAUGAUCUUCAGGGAAAAUUACUUUACACAGUAAAAUGGUACUUGAACGACGCCGAAUUUUAUCGUUAUUCGCCAAAACGAAAUCCUCCUGGACUUGCUUUAUCUGUGAAGGAUAUAAAAGUUAACCUUACCAGAUCCAAUAUGAACGAUGUCAUGUUGCUUGAUGUUUCGAGAAAUCAGACUGGAAUUUACAAAUGUGAAGCAACUGAAGAAUUCCCGACGCUUGAAACUCGGACACAACAAUCCUACAUGAUGGUCGUUGAAGUACCAGAACAAGAUCCGUCAAUAUUAGUUCAAAGAGAUCGUUUACCAGUUGGAGAGACACUUCGAGCGAAUUGCACAUCAGGAUCGUCUCUUCCUGCUCCGAUAAUUACGUGGACUAUUAAUGGAGAACCUCUUGAUAAUAAUAAAAUGGAAUUUCGAAUAAAUUUCCGCAAUAUUCCAAUGUAUGCGGAAAAAUUUAUGACCCGAUCGAGUCUUGAGAUCAAAAUUGUCCCCAAAUUAUUUCAAGACAGUAAAAUUCGUUUACGAUGUUUUGCGAAUAUUCAUCCUGUUUAUCAAGCAACGGCCGAACUUGAGAUUACUGAAGAUGUUCCAUUUAUUGCAUCCAUCACUGGAAAUGCUUCCCCUCGUAAUUAUCAGACAAACGUGUGCAGUCGAAAUAAUUUAUCCGUCUGUCUGAAUUUGGCGACGACAGUUUUUUUGGUACUCGUUGCAGUAACAGUUACAAAUGUGAGGUAGUUUUAUGAAAGAAUUUUAUGGAACAUUGCGCAUUUCGACUAAUUGCAGUGCUUAUUAUACUGCGUACGAAGUAGAUAGAUAGUGAACAGUAUAAUGACACUAAAAACUUUAUGAAUACACAAACAAAAUAUACAUUUUUUAAUUUUUUUUUAUCAUUCUUUUUCAAUUCAUUUGUUCACACAUUUUUCAUUAAAAAUAUUGUCGAUAUUAAAUAAUAUUUAAGAAUAUAACUAUAAGAAUUGUCACAUUUUUUUAUCGAGUUCUGUUAUUUGUAAUAUGUAAAUAAAUUAAUAUUUUGCAAAAGAAAAAAAUUAAUCAGAAUUGUUCAUAAAAACUCAAUUUAGAAAAUUGUUCCAAAAUUUCUCCAAAAAAAAUUUUUUUUUCUAAUUUAAUGCUAAAGGAAAUCAAAAAAUUAACAAUAAAAAUUAGUUUUCAUUGACCUAUAAAAGAGAAAUAAAUUAAUAGAGUCGUUGAAACUCUUUUCUAAUAGAAACCAUAAAGGAUUUUUUGCUCAAUGAAGUUGAAAUCGAAAUAAAACUCCAAGAGCGGGUCAGCAUUAAAAUUAAUGCGAUUUGUUCGGUUUACGAUUUGAAAAGUUUUCAGAAUUCAACUCAAUUACUAAUCAUAGUAAUUAUAGAACUUUUUUAAUAGAAAGAAAUUUUUUUUUUAAUAAAAAGAAAUUUGAAGUAAAAGAAGUAAAUUUUUUUUAAAUGAUUAUUUUCCAAAUUAUUUUACGCACUAAAGUGUUUCGGUUAUAAUGAAAUUUAUGCCGUUCCAUUAGAAAAGAAAGAAGAACAUUUGAAUUUAUGGAAUAAAAAGCACUUACGCCCUGAGCAAAAUUGCUUUUUCAAUUUCACAAAGUGCUUUGGUAAAAGACUAUCCAUUACCCGAGAAGAAACAAAUACAAGUCAAUAACAAAGAAUCGUAAAAACAAAACAAACACGAAUAUUGACACCAUAUUGACACUUCUGAUAAGAAAAGUAUUUGUAACUGACAUUUCUGACAUUUUUAUUAAAAAUAAAAACAAAUUAUUUUUCAUUAAUCUUUAAAUAUUGACAAUUUUAAGAAUUAUUAAAUUAACUAAUUUGAUGAAAUCAGAAAUGAAAAAAAAAAUUAAAGAGUUAAAAAGUUAAAAGUUAAAUAAAUGUUUAAUUAAUUAUUUUUACUAGCUUUCCAAUUUUCCAAAGAGAGUAAAAAUGGAUUUAAACGAAAAGAGAAAAACUGCUGACAAUAAUAUUCUCCCUCUUCUAUCUCUCGAAAAAUUAAAAGCGAAAGAAACACAUAAAAUUUCUCUAAUAAACAAUGAAAAUCAAAAGAAAUGGAAAGAAUUUAUUGACAGACUUCCAGAAUCACAAAAUGAAACCGUUCCCAGAGAACUUGAUAAGUAAAUUUGAAAACAACAGAAAUAUAAUUUGAAUUUAUCAAAAAUGAAUGCAAUAAAAUUUGUACGAAUUUAAUAGAGAAAGUUCAUUCAUAGAUAUUGGCGAUGGAAAAACUAUAAGAAAUAUAUACCCGAAGAACGAACAAAUUUUCGGAAAACAAUGUCAAUUGGUCCUAAAAUCGAUCAAUUUGGUCGUCUACCAAUACCUGAGGAUUUAAAUAAAUUUCGAACUUGUACU